CCGGGGUUGGUGCUGGGGUAAUGGCGGCGUGGGAGCGCGGUUACUCCGCAAGGUUCUCCAGACAGUGACGACGAACGUCAAGUCAAGUCAACAGCAGAUAACAAUCAACAUUACAGACAAUUCCCCUCUCAGCGUCCUUCGUCUUCCCUCGGUGCAAAAUCGUAUCCCACGACCGCAUCGCCGUGAUCUCCUAUACGGAGUACCAUCCCCAAACCGACGACCUCUGGACGAUCCAUUCCCAUCUGCGACAACCCGCAGCCUCGACCCAACCCCGCGUUCCUCUCUCAGCCCUGCCUCUGCGAAGAGAGAAAAGACCGAAAAUGUCAGGCAAAGGCUUCCACCCCUUCAAGGGCAGAGUUAGCAAACAUUUUGGUGACACGGUAUGUCUUCCUUCACCGUGCUUUGCUCUCUCCGAUUUUCCGGAAUAUGAGGAUCCUGUUAGGAAAGCGCUGGCUGACCUGGCGCCUUGGGAUAUCACAGCUGCAGCCUGACGAUGCAUAUUUAAGCUGUAAGUACACCCCUAGUAGCUCCCUCGAUCUGCGAAGCCAGGAAUAUGAUUGCUAACUGAGAAAGACUACGAUGUUCGGUGUAAGUGAGGUCUGGAAAUUUAACUUCGACUGUAUUGAUAAAGUUACAGUGAUGAAGGAAGAUAUUGAUACCCUCAAGAAUAAUGACUGGCUCACGGAUAAUGUAACGUCUUCACCUUCUUCACCUUUGACUCGAGUUAUAUAUGCUAAUUGAGCACAGUGCAUAGCGUUCUGGGAAGAGUAUAUCCCUCCACUUCUCCGUCUUCGAGCUCGUCACUAAGCUAAGACGCCAAUAGAUACCUCGAACGGGAAGAGCUCAAGCUCUACCCCUCCUCCCACAUCGUACUACUGCGGCCCACAAUGGCAUUCAUGUUAAUGAAGACGCCCGAUGCUCUGACCCUUCGAGAAGCCCUCCCAAACUUUAGUAGAACAACACAUAUAUUUCUUCCAAUCAAUAAUGCACAGAACGUUACUCGACCCGAAGAAGGAACGCAUUGGUCCCUGUUACUUGUCUCAAUCCUCGACGGCGUCGCUUUUCACUACGAUUCUUUGACUCAACACAACUACCGAGAUGCGUAUCAUGCUACUAAUCAAUUGUCGGUUCUGCUUGGCAAACCUUUACGGUUCAUGGAUCUAGAGGAUAGUCCUAAGCAGACAAAUAGCAGCGAUUGCGGGGUGUAUGUGUGCAUUCUUAUGCGUCACCUUCUUCUAAAGAAGCUUCUUAGCGCGAAUGCGAGGGAGAAGGUUAGCAUGUCUAUGGGGGGGAAAUUAGUAGAUGCUGCGGGUGGACGAAAGGAGAUCUUUCGAACGAUUGAAGGGUUCAGAAAGGAAGGCGAGCGGCGGAGAUCGUAUGUACACCACAUCCCCUAUCCACCUAGGAUAGAAUACUAGCUCCCCCUCCCUUUCAUUUUCUCUUCGGCGUUUAGGGGUAAAGACAUGCAAACCAGUAAUUCUAAUAUUUUGUUCGUUUUUUGCGAAAUUAUAGACAUGAUGAAUCACGGAGUUCGAGCCCAUUCGGUAAAAGCAAAUCGCAUGACUCGAAGAGUCCACCAAGAAUCGAUUCUUAACGUGGAUUCACUUAGCGGUUUCGAAAAGCGAAGACGAAAUGGCAUUGGAAUGCUGAAAACGGCCUUGUGAGAUAUGAAGAUGAUGAUCGUUGUGCUUGCAUUGCUGGAGGUGAAGUUCACAGGACAAACCUGUGCUUGAACGUUUGGGCGAGAUACGAUACAGAUAAUCAGGGGUCAAAGGAGAAACAAAUAUUCUUGUGGUGUGCAUGGGCUUGGCUUGGCUUUGUAU